AUGGCAGACAGACACAACAAUGGCAAGGUGGAUGCCCCCCUCGAAGACCACUCCAAAGUGGGCACCACCCAUGACGCUCGAGAAACUUCUGUUUCCUCAGUUCCCCGACCCUCUUACCGCAAAACGGCGAACCCGGGUCCCCUGGGUCUUCUCGGCUUUGCCAUUACAACGUUUGUGAUGGGUCUGUAUCAGUGCGGAGCUGGCCUGCCGGGCUCCGAUCCGUUUGGGUCUGUUGGCCCAGACCAAGCAGUCUUUGGCUUAGCCGUAUUCUUCGGUGGUGGAGCACAGAUCAUCGCAGGCAUCAUGGAAUUUGUUGCUGGUAACACUUUCGGCACAACGGUCCACCUCUCAUAUGGGUCGUUUUGGCUUGGCUUUGCGAUGUUUCUGGUUCCUUCUCUCGAUAUCAAGGGUGCCUAUGCCGGCAAUGAGCGUGCCUUCUCAUUCGCCCUGGGGAUCUACUUGCUCUUCUGGUGCAUUCUGACGAUAAUGUUCCUUGUCGCCUCACUGAGGACUAACCUCACAGUCAUCGCCGUUUUCGCCCUUCUUUUCAUUAAGACCAGUCAUCCGGAUAGCGCCUCGCGAGUAAACAAAGCUGGAGGUGGCUUUGCCUUUAUAUGUGCCCUUGCAGCCUUCUAUGCGGGUGCAUCUGGAUUGAUGGUCCCGGAAACAACAUUCGUUCGACUCCCCUUGGGAAUAGUAUCACGACGCGAAGAGGUUGUGUCUACGAUAUAA